GCAGCGCAGGCGUACGUCGACGGGGACACUGAGCACAAACCAUAAACUACCACCUGACCCCAUACCGAUAUCGACAUCCUCUCCAAUUCCACGCGACGAGCGACAAGCAACCAAAUCUCCAACCAGCUGCACGACCGCCGCCUGAAAAAAUAAAACUUACAAAAGCGAGAUAAACAUGGCGCGCCAGAACCCGAACAUCGUGAUUACGGGCACCCCGGGCGUGGGCAAGACGACGCAUGCCGAGCAGCUGGCGCGGAAUCUGGGGUUUACGCAUGUCAGCGUGAAUCAGAUAGUCAAGGAUGAGGGGUUCCACGAGGGGCGGGACGAGGAGCUGGGGAGUUGGGUUGUCGAUGAGGAUAAGCUCCUAGACCACCUCGAAGCGACAGGCAUCUCCGAAAAAGGCGGCAACAUCCUCGACUGGCACGCCUGCGAGCUGUUCCCCGAGCGCUGGAUCGACCUCGUCAUCGUGCUGCGUUGCGAUAGCACUGUGCUAUACGACCGGCUCACGGCCCGCGGGUACAAGGGGAAGAAGCUCGAGGAGAACAUGGAUUCGGAGAUUAUGCAGGUGUUACUGGAUGAGGCGCGGGAGAGCUACAAGGAGGAGAUUGUGGUGGAGUUGCAGAGUAGUGGCGACGGGGAUGUUGAUGGGAAUGUGGAGAGGAUUGAGCAGUGGGUGGAGCAGUGGAGGAAGGACAAUGAGGGCAAGAGCGAAGAGUGAGGAUGAUAUCAGGGAUUGCGUGAGUGGGUGCGGUGGAUGGUGAGUUGGAUUUGGUUUUCUUUGAUUGGGGGUAUGGUAUGGUACAGGAGCUGGGUGUGGGCACUACGCGUCGACCUUGCUCGCGAGCCACACUUUGAGCUUGUCCAGCGCUUUCCCGCGGUGCGAGAUCUUGUUCUUCUCGCUCUUGUCCAUCUCCGCGUACGUUGUGCCUUCGUACUCGAAGCACGAGUCCCAGC